AUGGAGCAGCAAUUAAAGAGAAAAAGUGUGAGGAAGAGUUCAUCUAAUUUUGAUAACUUUAGGUGGAAGGAGGGGUUUAAGAAAGAGGGAACUUCAUCUAAUAGGACCCUAAGGGCUACACCACAGUCCACCCAAAAUCGGGGAAAGGAAGUGGCCAACAAUUCUCGGUCUAGAGACAUAAAGUGCUUUAAGUGUUUAGGUAGAGGACACAUAGCUUCUGAAUGUCCCACUAAGAAAGUUAUGAUAUUAAAAGAUGAUGGGGAAAUCACAAGUGAGAGUUCUCCUUCUGAACCAUCAAGUGAAGAAGAGAGAGCGUUAGAAGAGGAGAUCCCUGAAGGAGACUUGUUCAUUGUGAGGAGGAUUUUAGGAGGGAUAGCCAAGAAGAGUGAGGAAAGCCAAAGAGAAAACAUAUUCCAUACUACGUGUCUUAUCCAAGGGAGGGUGUGCUCUUUGAUCAUAGAUGGAGGGAGUUGCACAAAUGUGGUUAGUGCUAGGUUGGUGAAGAAAAUGAACUUAGAGACUAAACCCCAUCCUAGACCUUAUAAGCUACAAUGGCUUAGUGAGGAAGGUGAAUUGAGGGUGGAUAAGCAAGUGGAGAUUCAGUUUUCUAUUGGGAAGUAUAAGGACAAAACUCUGUGUGAUGUGGUUCCUAUGGAAGCUAGCCAUGUGCUUCUUGGGAGACCAUGGCAGUUUGAUCGGAAAGCUCACCAUGAUGGUCACAAAAAUAAAUACAUUUUUUAUCAUGACAACCGCAAGGUUACCUUGGUUUCAUUAUCUCUAAAAGAGGAAUUUCAGGAUGUGUUUCCAGAGGAGAUACCACAAGGACACCCACCAUUAAGGGGUAUUGAACACCAAAUUCAUUUGGUUGCAGGAGCUGUGUUGCCUAAUAGGCCAGCAUAUAGGAGUAAUCCUCAGGAGACCCAGGAGAUCCAAAAGCAAGUCACUAAUUUGAUGACUAAAGUUUGGGUAGAGGAAAGCUUGAGCCCAUGUGUUGUUCCUAUCAUAUUGGUGCUGAAGAAGGAAGGAAGUUGGAGGAUGUGCUCAGAAUGUAGAGUUGUCAACAACAUCACCAUUAAGUAUAGGCAUCCCAUUCCCAGGUUAGAUGAUCUUCUUGAUGAAUUGUAUGGAUCAUGCUACUUCUCUAAGAUAGAUUUGAAAAGUGCAUAUAAUCAUAUUAGGAUUAGAGAAGGUGAUGAAUGGAAAACAGCUUUUAAAACCAAGUAUGGCUUAUAUGAGUGGAAGCUAGUUAAGAAACAUGCGGGAUUUAAAUGGGGAGAGGAACAAGAGAAAGCAUUUUCUGUCCUGAAAGAGAAAUUAACACAUGCACCCAUACUUGCUUUGCCUAACUUUGCUAAAUCCUUUGAACUUGAAUGCGAUGCAUCUGGGGUGGGAAUAAGAGUUGUCUUAAUGCAAGAGGGGCACCCAAUUGCUUAUUUUAGUGAGAAACUAAAUGGGGCUGCCCUUAACUACCCCACAUAUGACAAGGAGUUGUAUGCAUUAGUUAGAGCUUUGCAAACAUGGCAACAUUAUCUUCUGCCUAAAGAAUUUGUAAUUCAUAGUGACCAUGAAUCUUUAAAGUAUUUGAAAGGGCAGGGUAAGUUGAACAAGAGACAUGCCAAGUGGGUGGAGUUUCUUGAGCAAUUUUCGUAUAUGAUCAAGCACAAGAGAGUCCAAGUGAUAGAGGUGUUGUCAUCUGAAGAAGACCCUGAGGAGGACCCAGAGGAGUUACCUCCCGAGCCUGUUGUGGAUGCUCUUGACUUUCCAGAGGGUGAUGAGGACCCACUACCUGAUGUGGAUUCUCCAGAGGACGUCAUGUCAGCAUCUAAGGCAGACUCUACGGAGGAGAGCGGCCCUAGAGGGAUAGUGACUAGUGGAGACUCUUCAUCAUAG